CAUCUUCUCACCCAAUACCCACGAGAACCUCUAGCUACCGUAGCUUAGCUGAGCUUCCUAGCUGUAGCCAUGGCCAAGUAUUUCCAGAGUGCUCCUGUUAGCAAUGAAGCAUUGAAGCACAAGGAGAUUCUGUUGGACGGCCUGUACAUGCACCAGGACCUUGACGGAUCACCAAAUCAGAACCAGAAAACUAUAGUGAAUCCUAACCUCCCUCUGCAGUUUGGCUGCACCGUGGCUAAUGACUGGACCAUAUAUGAUGGCCUUGGCCCCGAUAAGAAGCUUGUUGCGCGUGCACAAGGGCCACAUAUGGGGGCAGGAGUAGCCAAAGGAAGCUGGUUCAUAUGUUUCAACAUGGUGUUCGUCGACGACAGGUUUGCGGGUUCCAGCCUUAAGGUGCUCGGACAUUUUGAAGAGCCGGUAGAAGGUGAGUGGGCAAUCCUUGGCGGGACAGGAGAGUUUGCCUAUGCACAAGGUGUGGUCACCUUCAAGAAACUCCAGGACAGAAGCACUAGGGUCAGACAGCUUCAGAUACGUGCCAUCUGCCUCAGCUUUCCAUCGUCACUUUCAAUGCCUACGAAGAUGGGGCCAUGGGGUGGAAAUGGAGGCUCCAUUCAAGACAUCACCACAGGAACCCCGAUGCGCCUGCAAAGUGUGACACUCAGCAGCGAGAGCAGCUGGAUUGUCUCUCUUGCAUUUACUUAUAUUGACAAACUUGGAAAGAGGCGCAACGAAGGCCCCUGGGGUCCUGACAAAGGGAACAGUCAAACCAUCGAGUUCGGACCUAAAGAAUAUGUGACGGAAAUAUCAGGGACAAUUGACAAUGUUAUAUCGUCACUUGUUAUCACGACAAACAUCAAAAAGUAUGUACCGUUUGGGCAUGAGAAGGGCAACCGUUUCAGCGCCGCCGUGCCAGAAAACACAUGUGUUGUGGGAUUCUUUGCCAGGACCGGGAAUGCUCUUGAUGCCAUUGGCGUUUACCACGGACCCAUAGUGGUUUGAACUGGAUUUAAUGCUGCUUUGCUUUAGUUUAUGGCAAUCUCAUGCGAGUUCAUUUUAAGGGAAAGUGUGUUUGUUCCACAUUUGUUUUCCAGCAAUAACAUGGCAAGGGUCAUGCUUACGUCUGUGAUCCAUGUCUCUCUAGUGCAAGAGUACUUUCUUUAGUUUGUCAGCUGCUAUAUUCUAGCUAUGAUUUAAUAAAGUGAUGCAAGGUUGUUUUCUA